AUGAUAGAAAUUAAACAAUCAUAUUCACAACUUGACCCAAAUAUUGAAAAUAAUAAUAAUAAUCAAAUUAGUAAUAAUCGAAAUGAUCAUAUACGUCAUCAUAGUCAUAGUAAUAGUAUAAAUAAUAUUGAUAUAGAAAAUGAAGAAGAAUUAAAAUUAAAUGGAGCUGAUCAGCAACAUCAUCACCAUCAACCACAUAAUUCAAAUGAUAGUAAUUUCAAUCCUUAUUAUCCGCCAAGUGGAAUCAUCAAUGUAGUGGAUCCUUCAUCAAAUGCCAAUUCAAUGAGUGAACAUUUAUUACAGAAUAAUCAAACAAAUAAUUCAAAUUAUCAACAACAGAUUGAUCAUGUUGAUAUUGGUGGUGGAAGAUCAGGUAUCAUUGUCAUCAAUGAAGAAGUUGACAAGGUCUAUGGUGAUGCCGAAAAGUUCCAUCUAGAGUAUUACCAUUAUGACGAUGUUCAAGGUAAAAAAGAGUUGACUGCUACCAUCAUCAUGUUUAUCCUUGGUUGGGGAUUUGUUUGUCUAUGGGUAAUAUCAUUCAUUUUAUUCCGUAAAUCAACCAAUAUACAUGCAAGAAGGAUGGCCAUUGUAUCACUCGUCUUUGCAGUCCCCACUAUCAUUUUAUAUAAUCUCUUUAUCAUUGCUGCAAUGAUUGGUGUAAGUCAAGAUUGA